AUGCAUCGAUCCACUAGUCACAGUAAUAGCGGCGCUUUCAGUCCCAACUCUAACCUUAACGAGGACAGGUCCAAGAUCUCCGACCUUACGGAGCGCCGGCGUAUCCAAAGUCGCAUCGUACAACGAAAUUAUCGGAAAAGGCUGAAGCGACUACUGGAAGACUCGGAGCGCAAACGACGAGCCAGUGGCACUUCGUAA